GGACUUCACAGUUCUCACCUGUCUUCCAUUUAUAUUCCCUAAGACAUCUACUAGUAGUACUUAUGUAUUUUUUUUUACCUGGUCCAGGUCCCUCACGUUUUUUACACAUAUUAACCACCAUUGAUAUCCCUCCACGUGUCCUACCUUCCUCGGUAGCCUAACCCUCGAAUUCUUUCGAAUCUUCUGGGCUAAGGAAAAUCCCUCCCCUUGCCUAAUCCGCUUAAUGCUCUUUUUUCUUGGUUUAUAUAUUUACUCAUAUACCCUCUUUAGAUACUGACAUUAACAGAACCAAGCCUGCCUAAUGUGUACAUAUUUCAACAUAAAAAGCCCAAGGUCAUUAAUGGAACUCCAAAAUCAAUAAUGAAAUAUUACUAGUGAUAUGAAGAACCAUUCAUGCUACGAUGCUAUAAAUACUCACUCCAGUACUUCCGUUUAUAAGGAAAAUUGCCAUUAGGCAUUUUUAUACAGUUUCUUAUCGAAAUUCACUGUACUUUUGAAAAAUGGGAUCACGAUUUGAGGUGGAAGUGAAGAUCUCAUCGGCUAAGGAUUUGAAGAACGUGAAUUGGCGUUACGGCCGUCUCAAGCCCUAUGCUGUUGUUUGGGUUGACCCUAAAGCUAAAUGCUCCACAAAAGUCGACGAAAAUGGUGACAUGUCUCCUUACUGGGACGAAAAGCUUGUGAUUCCUUUGUAUUCCCCGAUCGAGGAAUCCACCUUGUACAUCGACAUCGUUCACGCUAACGCCGAAAAGGAUACCAAGCCUCUCAUCGGCUCCGCCAAGCUUCACCUCCGUGACGUCGUCGAUACCGUCGGCAUCGGCAACUGUUGUGAGCGUUCACUCGAUUUGAAGCGUCCUUCUGGUCGCCCUCAAGGGAAGGUGAAAGUUGAGGUCAGCGUUCGUGAUCCGCGCUAUCGUGCGCCGGAUCCUUAUUAUGCGCCUCCUUACGGUGUUCCACCACCUGGAUCACGGGAUUACCCGGCUGGGCCUCCGCAACCUUACGGCGGAUCAUACGGUGCUCCUUCACCUGCUCCCUCUGCUGCGCCGCCGCAACCUUACGGCGGAUCGUACGGUGCACCUGCUCCCUACGCUGCGCCGCCGUCAGGUUAUCCGUACAGCGCCGCUCCUGCUCCGGCGCCUUAUGGUCAACAACAACCGAGUUACGGUGCUCCUCCUUCGCCGUACUCUCAGGGAGGUAGUUACGGGCAGCCGGGUUAUUCACAGGGUAGUUACGGGCAGCAGCAGGGGAAUUACGGGCAGGGAAGCUACGGGCAGCAAGCAGGGUAUAAGUACGAGGAGAAGAAGAAGGGCAAAUUUGGAGGAAUGGGGUUAGGAGCAGGAUUGGCUGUGGGUGCGGUUGCAGGGGCGUUGGGUGGACUCGCGAUUGCAGAGGGAAUUGAUCACAUAGAGGAUAACAUCGCAGAUAAGGCUGCCGAGAAGGUUGAGGAUGAUCUCGCCGAUGAUGAUUAUGAUGGUGAUGAUUUCUAGGAAAAUUACUUGAUCUAGUUGACUUUGAUUUACAUUUUCUAUGGUAGAAUUAUCCUGAAAGAUAAAAAUUGGGUUCUUUAACCUUGAAAGCUAAAGCUUGUAAACUUUAUGCUUUUAAUUGUUGUUCGAUGUAAUAUGUGAAGUGUCGAACACAUAACAUGUAAUGGACGAAAGUUGUUGCUAUCAAUUUGGAUGUUUAUGUCCAAACUUCCAUUAGGCAGAUUUGCGAUCUUAAUUGCUAGACGUAAGCGAUUAAUACAUUUAUUAGGUAAUUCUGGUGAAGAUGAAGGAACCUAAAUCAUUCCAUAUGCGUAUUUCAA